AUGUGCCGCCGACUGCCGCAACUUAUCCAAAUGCUGAGUGAUAAUGUAGACGACAAGUUCACCUUUGUAGUUUUGAGAUUGAGUAAACCUCGGGACGUAAAGAUGACAAGCUUGUACGGCAUCCAUCAGGCGAGAUUGGAACCACCUCCUUCCUCCGGUGGUCAGUUAGGGCUACCCCCCGGCCUGAAGACGUCCACAUCGAAGUCACCGUUUCCCACAAUCCUCAUCGGUAGCGCCGAGGAGGCAUUUUCGUUCGGACCUUCAGGUGUCAACCUUUGGGCGACAAACCGUGGCGCUGUGCUGACCCUGAACAAUGCCCAUGAGGACGAUGAACAUCCGCCUCUCAAUAGGUCUUUGUCAAUCCGUGUUGCCUCUAUUUCCAUCCAAUCAUGCGACACCUCGCACUGGUCUCUCUUCCCUCUCUGA